AUGCAGAGCCCGAGCCAGGACGAAUGGUGCGGCUUGUUCCAGUCACAAGUUUGCUCGCUGAGCCUUCCCAAGGUGCUCGAGUCGGCGGAGAACGUUGUGCUGUCGGCUCCCACAGGGUCCGGCAAGACCGUCAUAUUUGAGCUGGCUCUCAUACGCAUGCUGACCAAGGACCCUGAAAACGCGCGAGCCGUCUAUCUGGCCCCAACCAAGGCACUGUGCUCGGAGCGAACUCGCGACUGGUCGACUCGCUUUGGAUCGGUCGGAUGCGGCGUCACUGAGCUUACGGGAGACUCUGUCCAUGGUCUGCAGGUCGCUCGAAAGAGCCGCCUGAUCGUCACGACGCCCGAGAAAUGGGACAGCCUCACGCGCAGAUGGGACGAGCACUCGGGCAUUCUCUCAUCCAUCCGUCUCUUGCUCAUCGACGAGGUGCACAUCCUCAACGAAGUCCAACGUGGUGCUCGCAUCGAAGUCGUAGUCACGCGCACCCAAACAUGGGGCAAUCGGGUGCGCUUCGUCGCCGUCUCAGCCACGGUGCCCAACCUUGAGGACGUUGCAACAUGGAUCGGGCCCAAUCCUAACGUACAACGACCAGGCACUUUGCCGCCUUCAGCAGAGAUCUUUCAGUUCGACGACACUUAUCGCCCCUGUCCCUUGCAGAAGCAUGUGUAUGGCUAUCCCAAGGCUAAGGACGAAUUCGCUUUCCAGGCCUACCUCAACCACAAGCUCGCAGAGCUGAUCGAAAUUCAUGCCGCCGGAAGACCGUGCCUGAUCUUUUGCGCCACCCGCCGUUCCACACUUCAAGCGGCCAACACGAUCGCGGAAGCUCGCAGAAAAGCGGAAGAGAACGGAGGAGCCGUUCCUCCCGCUUCAAACGAGGUUCGUGGUCGGAGUAGUCUACAAGGAGUGACCUUUGACGACCAAGACUUGCAGAGGCUCGCGACAUCGGGGAUCGCUUUCCAUCAUGCCGGCCUCUCCAUCUUCGACCGCCGAAGCGUAGAGCAAGCGUUCCUUGCAGACAAGAUCGGGGUCCUCUGCUGCACCACGACGCUGGCGACGGGGAUCAACUUGCCUGCGUACUGCGUCGUCAUUAGAGGAACCAAGCAGUUUGACGGACAGUGGUGCGAAAUGUCGGAGCUCGACCUCAUUCAGAUGAUGGGUCGCGCGGGACGACCGCAGUUCGACCGCAGUGGCAUUGCCGUCAUCAUGUGUGAGGACACAAUGCAGGCGCACUAUCGUGAGCUCGUAAGUGGCACGCGCGCCAUCGAGUCCAGCCUGGCGCCUUGCUUGGUCGAACACGUCAAUGCCGAAAUCGGCCUGCGCGGAAGGAUGACCGAGCAGCAAAUUGAAGACUGGAUCCGCAAGAGCUUCAUGUGGACGCGACUUCACAAGAAUCCGACCUACUAUCUGAGCCAAGAGGAGGGCAUCGGGCUCGACAGUGUCGAAGAAAUCCUCAAGCAUCUGGUCACAAGGACGCUGACGACGCUUAAGGAUGCUGACCUCAUCUUGCGUUCCGAGACUGCAUUCGAGGUCACGUCCACCGAGUACGGCAUCAUCAUGUCCCGCUUCUUCAUUCGUCACAAAACCAUGCUUGCGCUCAUCGCGAUCGCGCCCGGCGCCAAUACCAGGGCCGUCCUCGAAGCGGUCUCACGAGCGGAAGAAUUUGGCGAUCAAAGGAUACGGCCUGGAGAAAAGGGCUUCCUAAACCUCCUCCGCACCCAUCCAGAGAUCCGCUAUCCGCCGCGUCAGGUAGCGCAGGUUGCGGACAAAAUCUCGCUCCUCGUCCAGGCCCAAUUGUCUGCGAUCAACUUGGCGCAGCUAUCGCAGCCAGCCGUCGGUGAAGCGAGCCCGCACAUGGACAUUAGACGCAUCAUCCCCCAUGCCACUCGCAUAGCCAGGGCUGUGGUCGACAUUACGAUCUACCGCCAAGACGGCACUGCCUGUAAGGUGGCGCUCGACCUUGCACGUUCUAUCGCUGCCGAGGCGUGGGACGGCUCGCCUGCGAUGCUACGACAAAUCGAUCAAAUCGGCGAGCGUUCCAUCAAAGCGCUGGCCAACGCCGGCAUCACCACAUGGCAGAGCCUGGCCAGCACCACCUCGGCCAAGAUUGAGAUGAUCCUCAACCGUAAUCCGCCGUUUGGCAGCAAGGUGAUUGCCGCGGCGCAGUCGGUGCCGCGGAUUGAACUUGAGAUGAUGCAGCGCUCGUCCUCGCCUUCGACAUCUUCCUUCGCAUCUCUACCUGCAAACCGAAGCGCUGAUCCAUCUGCCGCCGUGCAGGUCAGGCCUUCCGGAAUCAAAGUGGUACUUGACGUUGUGAUUCGGAUCGAGAAUCGUGCAACGUGCAUGCUUAAGUCGAAAAAGUCGAAGAUGGCCUUGAGUGUUUGCAUCUUGACCCUUACGUCGGACGGCGACUACGUCGACUUUCGCCGCAUGCCGAUCUGGCGCUUCCAAUCCGAGAAGCAAUUUACACUGCACGUACACCUUACCGAUCCUCGCCGUCGCAUUCUUACGUAUGCAGCUUGCGACGAGAUUGCGGGCACGCUGAUGCAGGCAAACUUGCUGCCCGUGGACAUGUCAAUGGGUUCCCACAGGACCAGGAUAGCCCGUGCUGAGCUGCAACGUGGAGGCAUGAGCGACGAGGCUGUGGUGGGCUCGAAGAAUCUAGCCGGGCUGUCACAGUCCUCUGUUAAUGAAGGUUGUGUCGAGGGCCCAGAGGACACAGCGUUUCGAGAUAUGCUGAAUGUCGGCGAAGAAGAGGGCACAAGGAAAAGAUGCAAGCACAAGUGCAAAGGUGAUUGUCGCCACGUGUGCUGUCAGCGUGCUCGCGAACAGGAACUGUUCGGCAAACAGAGGGAGUAUCAGUUCCAGAGCCGUGCGUUCGACGACGGCUCGCAGAGUACCAUGCAGCGCUAUCUGAAGCCUGUUGGGACGCCUUUCGGGGAACCGAGCGUGCUGUCACACAAACGCAAGGCAAUUCUGGAUCGCUUCAUCGACGCCGAGGCACCACAAAAUCUGUUGAGCCGGCUGGAUCGACAAGAGUCCGAAUACGACCGAGCUUUUGAUACUGCUGAUGCCUUGCAGAUGCCUGAUAGGCACAGAGGAGGCGCGCCAAGCGCAGCCCAGGGCAGCAGUGCGAGUGCAAUGGCGAUCGGCUCGUGGCAACAGGGGCGGUCAACGGCGGAGCGUCUCGUCCGCGCUCGCUCUGGUUUGCGUUCAGAGGCAGUGCCUCGCAUGCCUCCGCUGGGUGGCGUUGCUUACGAUAACAGAUCACAUACAAGCAGACAAGUGCCUGCCGAAGCGUUUGAGGUGCAUGGAGGGAAGCCGACGCCAUCUGCAGAGCGGCCCGCUCAACGACACUUCCUAAGAGCAAUCGGCCCUCCGCAAUGGCUCAACAAUGACGACGCCGCCAGUUGA